CACAGCUGAUCACGUGAUGUGGUAAAAGGCCAAUCACAGCGGCCUUUUACCACUUGAUCAGCGGUGUCCAAUGACAUGCUGAUCACAGGGAAAUGCAAGUGCCGGUUCUCGGCUGCACUUUCCUCACGCUGUCAGAUCGGCCACUGAUGAUCAGUGCCCUGAUGAUCGGUGCCCAACAGUGCCACCCGCAAGUUCCGCCCAGCAGUGCGCCCACUAGCUCCGCCCACCUGUGCCCAGCAGAUCACCCACCUGUGCCCAGCAGUGCACCCACCUGUGCCACUCUGCAGUGCCACCUACAUGUGCCC